GUGGAUAAGUUAUUCAGUGUUUUAGAAAAAAUAACAGAUAUCAAAGAUACUAAAGUAGACCGUCUGAAGCAGCUGAAUAAGGAAGUAGAUAAAAUAAAUUAUGAUUUAGACCAGGCUUUAGUUGAAUGCAGUAGAUUUUCUGAAUUAGAAGAGAGAUUCAUCCAGGAUACCACGAUUGCAGAAGCAGGACUGAAGAGAAAAGAAGUUUGGAGAAAAUAUUUGAAUGAUAUUGCCUUUAAGUACUCAGAAGUCGAUAGUUACUUUGGAGCCAAAGAAGAGGAACUCAUGAAAUCAUUUGAAGACAUUGAAAAGAAGUUGCAAAUCUGAAUAUUUUGGGUUUUGAUCCCUAAGAUGGCUACAAACACUGCACCAAUUUCUAACCCUAAUAUUUUUAUCAAACCUUCGCAUAAACUAACAACAUACAUAGGUAAUAUGAAAAUAGCAAAAGAUUUGCCGCCUGGUCUAAGUGGAAUAGUUUUCAAAACUAAAGUGAAAUAUAAAGAAGAACCCAUUUCAGCAAAAAUGGACUAUUUGGUUACAGAUGAAGAUAGAGAAUUCAUCAAACUAUUAAACAUGGAGUCCACAAGUGAACUUUACAAAAACGUGCCUUUUAAGGAUUCUUCAACCAGUUCCACUGAUAAGUUAUUAAGUUUACAAGACUUAUUUUGGUUGUACGAGUAUAUACAGAAAGAAAACGAAGUUGAAGAUGAAAAAGUUUAUCUUCAUGAACUCAUUGAUGGAUCUGAUAUUAUAUUACCAAAAAAUGAGGAAAUACCAAGAAACAAAGAAUUGGAUAAGAGAUGUCGACAAUUGAAAGCAGAACAAGAAAACCGAGACUACAACAAAAUGACCAAAAAUGUUGAUAGUAAGAGAAAGAGAUUUCCUGAUGAUACAAUUGCCUAUCAGAGUAAGUAAUAUCAUAUACAUUAUACAG